AUGAUCUCAUCAACCAACGAUAAUGAAUUUGAAACACCAACAAGAUGGAACAGAAGUAAAGCGUCAAGACUAAUAACAAUUUAUGAUAAUAAUCUAAAAAUAAUGUAUAGCGGUCUUGGUCGAAACGAUGAUGAAGGAGCUACAUUAAUUACUAAUAAUCCAUUUCGAUGGACUAUGAAUAUAGUAUAUUUCGAAGUUCAUAUCAUAGAAGAUGGUUGUGAUUUUGGUUUUGAAAGGAAAAUAAGUGUUGGAUUUGGAACGGCAAAAACAUCAGUAAGACAAUUACCAGGGUGGCUUCCAGGAUCUUAUGGAUAUCAUGGUGAUGAUGGUAAUAUAUUUCAUUCGCAAUUUAACGGUACACCAUACUCGACAACUUAUGGAAACGGAGAUGUAAUAGGUUGUUGCAUUAAUUAUAAGACUCGAGAUGUUUUUUUUACAAAAAAUGGGAUAAAUUUAGGUAUUGCCUUCAAAAACAUACCAUUAUGCAAAUUUUAUCCUAUGGUAGGUUUACGAUAUCCUGGUCAGAUGGUUGAAGCAAACUUUGGAAAAA